ACUGUGGGGCUAUUGGGGUGUAUCCUAUAGGUAGGGAGAUGGCUGCGACCACAUCCUCGGGGGAGGGAAGGCCAGGAAGAGUAGUAGUAACUUCAGCUAGAAGUUUGGGUAGGUUUGGGGCCGGUUGUUAAUUGAUUAAAAGGGGUUCAAAGGAGGGGCGGGGCUGUUCCUCUGCUUAUAACUAGAGAUCUAAGUUAGAUGGAUGAAUUCCUGUUUGUGUCCUUGAGUGGAUUUGGAACGAUCAAUUAACUUUUAGGAGCUGAUAGUCCCAAAAUACUACUUGGUAACUCUCCCUGUUAAACAUUUGGGAGGGUGUGUGUUCCAUCUUUUUAAUGAAAAUGGUUUAUAAUGUAAUAUUCCCACAGAUAUUAAGACCUCCAAGACUAGUUUAUAUUGCGUUACCAAUAGGGUUAGGGCAAUAACUAUGAAAAAUUGGUAAACUGCACAUGAAUGUUAUAUCUUAGGAAAUUAGGUUAAAUGAAUGUUAACAAUGUAUCACAGGAAAUGGAAUGAAAGAGUACAGUAAAUGUACUUAAGAAAGGAGCAGAAAAAGUUUGAUGGCUUGUUAUGAAGCUUGAUAACUGAAAGGGGAUUGUUUUUUCAUACCUGUGCUUGAAAGUGACUCAGCUAGCUUUCUUCAGUUUGGUACCCUCCAGAUGUAUUACAAAUUCCUAGAAAGUAUGGUAUGCUGUUUGAAAAUCUGCAGUUUGUAAUCCCAGCACAUGUGGAAUUACACUAAAUUGGAGAAAGGUAAAAUGAACACUUCUCCAUUAACAUGCUGCUUACCCCACCACCCCUUCAAACAUAAGUUUCUUAAUUUCUUUUGUCAAAGGUUCUAAUGGGAAUGCAGAGGAAUUCAUAAUUAGGUCUUCUUAAAAUAUUACAUUUUUGUAAUUUAGGAAAAGGUUUAUUUAAAUAUUCUCUGUUCAACUUUUUGGGAAGUUAUGUCAUUUACAGAAUUUUUUAAAAAUAACUAGAAGCUACCUCUGUAAGGAUUUGAUUCAUAAAUUUGUUGGAUAUUCCUCUAUUAUAGUAUGCUGUUUGGUCAUCUCAUAAUUAUUUGCAUCCAGCUAUUAAAAUAUUUGAAGUGAAUAAAUUAACAUAAAAUCUCAGAUAGAAAGACCUAACAAGAGUAGAAGCAAUAACUGAUGCUUGAUAGGGAGGGAGAAUCUACCUUUUGAAAUGCCAGCAGGAUGAAGUGAAUCUUCUGAGAUAGGAAAUUCCAAACAGACUGCACCAUAAUCCAGACUAAACCUAGCUCUGAUGUUGGCAGAUUUUAGAGAUAUGAUGGAAGAAUUGCAUAGCCUGGAUCCACGACGACAGGAACUGUUAGAGGCCAGGUUUACUGGAGCAGGUGUUGCUAAGGGUCCCUUGAACAAUGAAUCUUCCAAUCAGAGUUUAUGCAGUGUGGGUUCCCUGAGUGACAAGGAACUGGAGACUCCUGAAAAGAAACAGAAUGAUCAGCGCAACAGAAAGAGAAAAGGAGAACCAUUUGAAACAACUCAAAACAAAAUUAUUCCCAGGGGACAUAAAAUUAGUGACUACUUUGAGUUUGCUGGUGGAAGUGGUCCAGGAACAAGCCCUGGGAGAAGUGUGCCACCAGUAGCACGAUCUUCACCACAACAUUCCUUAUCUAAUCCCUUACCUCGGCGAAUGGAGCAGCCACUUUACGGAGUAGACAGCAGUGCAGCCAAGGAAGUGCCAGAGGAGCAUUCUGCUGCCCCAACUCUGGUAUCAACAAUGAUGGCAAAACAGCGGCUAGAGGGAGAGCAGCUGGCGCAGAGGGGUACAAGCCUCUGUUUUCCAUUUGCUUCGACCCAGCAAGGCAGUCCUUCAUCUGUGGUUUCCGGAAACACAGAGCAUUCCUGCAGCUCUCAAAAACAGAUUUCCGUCCAGCACAAACAAACACAGUCUGAUGUUACAAUGGAGAAAUUAUCUGCAUUAGAAAACAGUAAGAACUCUGAUCUGGAGAAAAAAGAAGGCAGAAUAGAUGAUUUAUUAAGGGCAAACUGUGAUUUAAGACGGCAGAUAGAUGAACAUCAGAAAAUGCUUGAGAAAUACAAAGAACGGUUAAAUAGGUGUGUAACAAUGAGCAAGAAGCUACUUGUAGAAAAGUCAAAACAGGAAAAGAUGGCUUGUCGAGAUAAGAGUAUGCAAGAUCGGUUGCGUUUAGGUCAUUUCGCUACAGUCCGGCAUGGAGCCUCUUACACAGAACAAUGGACAGAUGGCUAUGCUUUCCAAAAUUUAAUCAAGCAGCAAGAAAGAAUAAAUUCGCAAAGAGAAGAAAUAGAAAGGCAACGGAAAAUGUUAGCAAAACGAAAACCACCUGCCAUGGGCCAGGCUCCUCCGUCUACCAAUGAGCAAAAGCAACGCAAAAACAAAACCAAUGGAGCAGAAAAUGAGACGUUAACAUUAGCGGAAUAUCAUGAACAAGAGGAAAUAUUUAAACUCCGACUAGGUCACCUUAAAAAGGAAGAAGCUGAGAUUCAAGCAGAAUUGGAGCGAUUAGAACGGGUUAGAAAUCUGCAUAUCAGGGAAUUGAAAAGGAUACAUAAUGAAGAUAAUUCACAGUUUAAAGACCACCCAACACUAAAUGAUAGGUAUUUGUUGUUACAUCUCCUAGGCAGAGGAGGAUUUAGUGAAGUAUAUAAAGCAUUUGAUUUAACGGAACAGAGGUAUGUAGCAGUAAAAAUCCACCAGUUAAAUAAAAACUGGAGGGAUGAAAAAAAGGAAAAUUACCACAAGCAUGCUUGUAGGGAAUAUAGAAUUCAUAAAGAGCUGGAUCAUCCUCGCAUAGUUAAAUUGUAUGACUAUUUCUCAUUGGACACUGACUCGUUUUGUACAGUAUUAGAAUACUGUGAGGGGAAUGAUCUUGACUUUUAUCUGAAGCAGCAUAAACUAAUGACAGAGAAAGAAGCGCGAUCUAUAAUCAUGCAGAUUGUAAAUGCAUUAAAAUAUUUAAAUGAAAUCAAGCCACCUAUUAUUCAUUACGAUCUCAAACCAGGAAACAUCCUCUUGGUAAACGGUACUGCUUGUGGUGAAAUUAAAAUCACUGACUUCGGCCUCUCAAAAAUCAUGGACGAUGACAGUUACAAUUCAGUUGAUGGCAUGGAGCUAACAUCUCAAGGAGCUGGUACAUACUGGUAUCUGCCACCUGAAUGUUUUGUGGUUGGAAAAGAGCCUCCAAAGAUUUCAAAUAAAGUAGAUGUUUGGUCAGUAGGAGUUAUCUUCUACCAGUGUCUUUAUGGCAGAAAGCCCUUUGGUCACAACCAAUCUCAGCAAGAUAUACUGCAGGAAAACACAAUCCUUAAAGCUACAGAAGUACAGUUUCCUCCUAAGCCAGUGGUAACACCAGAAGCAAAGGCAUUUAUUAGGCGUUGUCUGGCAUAUAGGAAGGAAGAUCGGAUAGAUGUCCAACAAUUGGCAUGUGACCCCUACUUGCUUCCUCACAUCCGCAAGUCUGUAUCAACAAGCAGCCCAGCUGGAGCUGCUGUCGCCUCAACUUCUGGAUCUUCUAAUAACAGCUCUUCAAACUGAGCAGGAGCAAUAGGCCAAAAUAUAUAUAUAACUGGAACUGCAGAAGGAAACAGAGAGUCAGAAAUGUUUUGAGAUGCAGCCUUGGGAUUGGCAAGAAGUCCACAAAAUGGCUCCAAGAAACCAGGAUCAGGUUCUUUGUUUUUCUCUUGCAUUCUUGUCCCAUCCGUAGAGCAAGGCAUCAUUGAUUCUCAGCAAGGAUUAUGGCAACUUAAGCUAAGUAGCCAAGGAAAAGAAGAUUGGUUGGUCUAGUGCUAAGCAAUUGCAAAGGCACUAUCUGCUCUGGGCAGUGAAAGGAAAAAGAUGGUUCCAUGUACCGUGAACUUCCAAACACUACAGACCCAGAGUGCAGUUCCAUGAUGCAGGGUGCACACACUUAGUGUGAAGAAAUGUGGUUUUGGUGGCAGGGUAAAGAAACUGGAGACAGUCCACCGUCAAUAUUUUUUAAAAAAAUUCUUUUUUGUAAGACUACAUCUCAUUGGAGGGAAGGGGAAGAAACCACAUAGGUCAAUGGUAUGAGGUUGCACUGAAGGUUGGUAUAGGAUUUUUGCACUCUACAAGAUAAUGCAGUGUCCUGCCUAUUGACAGCAUCAGCAUUAGCAUGCUAUUCCAAAUAAUUUCAUCUUUAGUAAAAAAAAUUGUUUUUGGAUACAAGAUGAAUUAAAUAGCAAGUCAGUGUGGCAGCAAUUUUUCCUUAGAGUGACUUCAUAAUCUAUGAGAAAGGAAUGCAAUGCAGAGUUUACAUAACAACUGUGAGCUUAGAUUUUUCUCCCCUCUCAGCAUCCUAAGAGUUACUAUUUUGUCAGGAAUUUGACAGGUGUCAGCUCUCCCCUUUGAAUAAAUGUAAAAUUUCUCCUAUUUUUUUUCUUUCCUCACCUAAUUCUUUGAUUCAUUCAUUGAUGUUUCCUUUAGAAAACUGUGCUCUCUUUAACAUGCGUACAAAUGCUGGCUCUAGAAAAUCCUUUAGCCAAAGUUCUUAUCCUUCCUAAUUUUUCAUAUUUGCUUUCUGCAUUGUUUUGGAUGCAUUUGCUGCAUUUACAUCUUGAAGGAAGUGUAUGUAGAAGAGGCAGACUUUUCUAAUACUCUGUCUUGUGUUUAAUUUUCUUCUCUGUUAAGAAGUGGUGUUUUUUUUUUAAUAUUCCUUACUUUUUCAUCUUUAAAAAAAAAACCUUAAAAACCAAAGAAGAAUCCAGUUGCUUGAAACUUGUGGCAAAACGCUCCUCCUGCAAAUAGCUAAAAGGAUGUUUGCUGCAAAUUAUUUGAGCAGUACUGUAUGAUCAAGUACCCUGGUACAGACCUCAGUUCUUCACUUACAGCUGAUGAUUCUCAGUCCUCCCUUAAUUUCUUAUAGGUAAUAAUACAAACAGAAACAGUCAGGGGCCAAACAUUUUGAAAGCUAAGAGAAUUAGGAGGAGAGAGCAAAAUUGGACAUAAGGGCUUUGUUUGUAAACUAAUAUGAGGAUAUCCUUUGGUUACGUUAGCAGAUCAGGUGACUAAGACCAGAUUUUUAAGUCUAUUUGGGGUCCUGACCCUUUCUUCUGAAGUAGGACAGUGCAUGCACCAUUUGGUCAGAAGAUGAGUCUCAUACUUAAAUGGAAUUAAAUGAGCCUGUAUAAAGAGUAAGGAAACGCAAUAUGUCACUAUCACUAUCACAACUGAAGAUACCGUAAGAAAGUUCAUAGUGAUCAUCUUUAAAAUAAUCUCCUCCAAAUAUAUGACUACCUUUAGAAUGGGAGUUUCUCAUCAGUAUGAUACGUUGUCAAAGCUUUGAAGGACCGUGUCUUCCUUUUUUCUUUCACUCUCAAUCAUAGUUCUUGCUUCUUUUCCUAGACAAACAACUGAUACUUAAGCAUCUUUUACUGGAGAUAAAAUGUAAGCAGUUUCCAGGAUUAUCUAGAUUUCUAGUGAAUCACAUCCAUUGCACCUAUUUCUCCCAAUAAAGUUAAUAAAGUCUGUUUUGUUUUGUUUUGUUUUGUUUUUCCCUUCUCCCAGUUUUCACCAACUCACAUGUCUGUUUCUUUCAGGGUUCAUAUGUGCCAUGGUUACUUGUAGCUUUUUCACCAAAAUGCAGCUCAUAUUAACUGUCAAAAUACAUAGGUAAAGUGACUGCUGCAAUGACAGGAUAUGGCUGCUUUCAGCUUGUUGGACAGUAAUGGUUGACCCUAUCUCAUCUAUUUUGGGAUAGGGUUUGCUUUUUUUUUCUAUAGCUGAAUGCAAAAUAUGAAAGAUUGUCCAUGUCAGUGCUCAGGUCUAACAUUGUAGCCUUUUGCUCUCCAUAUUUCUUACUUGGAAAGAUAGAUAGAAAGCUGCAUUUCAUAUAUCAUUUAGUUGAUGCUUGAUCAUUAGCAGAAAUCCUAUCCCAAAUAAAACUUACAGUACUUAAUUUUGCUUUAAAAGGAAUCUCAAUCAAUCAUAAUGUUUAAAAUCGCAACAUGACUCCCACCUCCCCCUCCUCCGCUCACCCAUUAAAUAAUAUCUGUCUGAUAUAUUGAUCUUCAUUCAUUGUACCUGAGCAGAAGGUUCUACCCUUUUCAUGGAGUUCAUUACCAAACUAGACUAAAUCACUCUGGAAGAGAAAUACAGACUCUGAGUUUUUCAUUUCUUUAAGCGGUUGUUGAAAUGUUUUAUUUUGGGUAUCCAAGCGUUUUUGUUGCCACACUGUUCAUUUAACUGAAAGGGAAAAGGAAAGGUGUAUGGAUUUGUAACUUGAAACUAGGCCAGACUGUUUUGGCUUUGCCCUACAGACAAAAAUAUGGAUAUUAAACACAUUUUCAAAAAUGCAAUCUUUUCACUUGCCUGGUUUUCUUUUUAAGCUGCGUUAUUGUUAUGAGAGACAUGAAAAUCACAAGCUUAUAUAAAAGACACUCAUUGGUCCUGAUGAAAUAAUAUAGCAAAUAGUUUGUUGGAGUCCACAAAAAUUUGAAAAAUAUGUAAUUUUCAUUCUCUAAUAGGAAGAUCUGAUAGAUUAGUAAGACAGUUGUAAAAAUGAAUAAAGCAAUGUGGGCAGAAAUGAAGUGCUACCUUCCCUUAAAUAUAAAUAAUCAUGUAAAUAGUUCCUCAAAUGCCAAGAGUUUUGAAUUGGAGGCCAAGUCCAUCAUGCUGGGAAAAUCUUCAUGAUUGUUAGCCUUAAAAGGUCUUAUAUCAGAAAUGCCUAGUGAAAUUUUAGAACUUUUUCUAAAAGGGGUGAAAUGCUCCUGUUUUGGACUGGAUCAGCCGAUCCGGUAGCGAUGGUGGCAGGUGGUUCGGAAAACCGGUAGCAAAAAUCCCUGGGGCCCCCACCCAUGCCCACCCAAUCCCUGGGGCCCCCAUCCAUGCCCACCCAAUCGCCUGCUUGCCGCUUCUUUCCGGUUGUAAAAAAUGCUUUUAAAAGGUUAAAAAAAAAAGGCUCUGACAAUCACAGCUGAGCCACACUGACAAUCAUCACUGACAAUCACACAAACACACUGACAAUCACAGCUGAGUCAGAGCCUCUUUUUUUUACUUUUAAAAGGAUUUUUUACAACCUAUUUGGCUGAAUCGGUUGUAAAAAAUGCUUUUAAAAGUAAAAAAAAAGAUUGCACACCACAGCUGAUGAAAGCCCCUACCCCCUGCGCUGUUCUACUUACUCCAUGCCUCCUUUUGGUAUGCACGUGCAUGCACCUCGCAUUUGGUGUGUGGUGCAUAUCACACAUGCACGCAGCACGCAUUUGGCGCACAGUGUGCAUGCGCAGCCAACAAACCAGUAGUAAACCUGUUCAGAUUUUACCACUGACUUUCUCCAGAUAGAUAUUUGGACAGGACUUCUCUUCCCCAAUAUAAUACAGGCUACUCAUAAUUCCUGAAGGCAGCAACAUACUGAAUUCCUGAGCUAAGAACCAUUUCUACUAAUUUUUAUUUUUUGCUGUAGUUUUUUCCAAUAUUAGUAAGAUCGUUCCCAGGAUUGAGCUCUUUAUUUUGAAAUAAAAUUUCCCCAUCCAUUAGUACAGAAAUUUAAUAAUAAGAGCUCUACAACAGACUAAGCAUGACUGCCUAAAGCUGUGCAUACUUCAAGAAUUAUUGCAUUCAGAAACUGCUUUGAUCUCACUAAACACAGCUUCUCAUUUCUAUUGAUUAAAGGUGUCUUCUGUUUUUCACACUUGCACCAGAGUGAUGUCACCCUUUAAGGAAGUUAAUGAUUCCUUAAAACAUUAGCAAAUGAUCCUUUGAUUUUGUUUUAAAGCACAACAUUUUUUUCACCCUGAUGUAUGCAAAAGCCUUAAAAACUCAGGCUCCUUUAGUGAAUUGCAGAGAAGUGUUGUUCUCAUGUAACAUUUGAAAUAAUUUCAAUUCAUUUUGAAACUUACAAAAUCCUUAUAAUUUUUUAGUUUAUGAGAUACCAGCCUGUAAUAAAUUACUGGCAAUAUCAUGUCCAAAAAUAUAUCCUACUGGAAGUAGUUCAUUAUAUCUUGCAGCACAUUGUUUUACUUUUUUUUCCUAAAAUAUUUUACUUUCCUUUUCCUUAAGAAAAGAAAGACAAACAAGAUAAAAAUCUAAUGAUCAGGAAAAACCUAUAAAUAAAUUUAUUUUAUCUGUAACCUUCAACUGGGUGAAAACGUAGUCAAACCUAGAAAAUGAUGGAACCAUUACUUCUGAGGGAAUGAAAUUUGGGGAAAUUGUGGUUGUGUCAGAGCUGCAGGGCUGCUGCUGCAAUCAUGUGGUUCACAUUUUCAAAAUUCCAUGAUAUUUUCUAAGCCACUUGUGCAAUCCCUCAAUUUUCCUCUUCUCGGAAAUAGCCACAACCUGCCUGGCUGGGAAGAGGGAAAGAAAGGAAAGGAAAGGAAAAGGAGGGAGGGAGGAAAGAAGAAUGGAAGAAAGGAAAGAAAGAUUUCUAAUGCUCGCUGCCAGAUUUCCACAAGAUAAUUCAGUGGAGAAGCCUAUAGGAAAUCAGAAGUAGGUCUCACUCCCACUGAUUUUUUGCCCUCCACUGAUAAUCCUAUUUAAGCAAACAUCUGAAACGAUAACGUGGUCCGGAGUGGCUGUGGAUGCCGGCACCCCGGUACAGUCAGCUGCAGCCGCGGCUGACUGUUGGGGGUGAGUCAUUGGCCCCUAUGGAAAGGGUGCGCAACUUGGGCGUUCUCCUGGAUGGACGGUUAUCUUUCGAAGACCAUUUGACGGCCGUCUCCAGGAGAGCUUUUUAUCAGGUUCACCUGAUUCGCCAGUUGCGCCCCUUCCUGGACUGGGAUGCCCUAUGCACGGGCACUCAUGCUCUCGUGACUUCUCGCUUGGACUAUUGCAAUGCUCUCUACAUGGGGCUCCCCUUGAAGAGCACCCGGAGACUCCAGUUAGUCCAGAACGCAGCUGCGCAGGGGAUAGAGGGAGCGGUUCGGAGCUCCCAUGUAACACCCGUCCUGCGCAGACUGCACUGGCUGCCUGUUGUCUUCCAGGUACGCUUCAAGGUAUUGGUGACCACCUUUAAAGCGCUCCAUGGCUUAGGACCAGGAUAUUUACGGGACCGUCUACUGCCAUCUUCUAUCUCCCAGCAACCAGUGCGUUCUCACAGAGAGGGACUCCUUAGGGUGCCGUCAGCCAGACAAUGUCGACUGGCGGCCCCCAGGGGGAGGGCCUUCUCUGUGGGGGCUCCUACCUUGUGGAACGAACUUCCCCCUGGACUUCGUCAACUAGCCGACCUUCGGACCUUUCGCCGCGAACUUAAAACUUAUUUAUUCCGUCUAGCUGGACUGGCUUGAUUUUAAAAUUUUUAAUUCGUUUUUAUGGGUUUUAAAUUAUUGUAAAUUUUUAUAGGGUGUUAUUAUAUUUUAAAUUUUCAGCCAAUUGAAUAAGUUUUUUAAGGGGUGUUCUUAAUAUUAUAUGUAUUGUUUUUUCUUUGUAUUUUUAUUCUGGCUGUGCACCGCCCUGAGUCCUUUGGAAAAAGGGCGGUAUACAAAUUAAAUUAUUAUUAUUAUUAUUGUUGUUGUUGUUGUUGUUGUUAUUAUUAUUGUUAUUAUUGUUGUUAUUAUUGUUAUUAUUAUUGUUAUUAUUAUUGUUAUUAUUGUUAUUAUCCUUAUUUGCAAUAAGAGGAGAUUAGCUUGACAUCUUCCCACAAGUGAAUUGGAACACUUUCAGGGAAAAAGUCAGUGGGGAUCAUGUUACAGCUGAUGGUGGAAGUAUGUCAGUACUUUUGAACUUGCAACUUCCUUCCUAGGAAACUUGCAGGAAAGGUUGCAGGUUGCAACUGUACUACACAAAUAUAAACAACAAAAUGCAAGAAAGGUCUCUUUUUCAUGUAUCCCAUGUAAAUCUUUGUAAUCUUAUGUUUGGAGAAAGUUUCCCAGGCCCCCACCCCCACAUAAAAACUGCAAUUAUAAGCCCUCUACUAAAGCUGCCCACACUUAGCCCAGGAGAGCUAAACAAUGACAUUCCAUCUAUUUCUGGAAAAAAUUAGAAGAUUGCCUUGCAGCUUUAAACUAAUAUAGCUGAUAAAGUAUAUGUGGCCCAUUUCAAUCUGGCUUUUGGCUAUGGCAUUGCAGCAAGGUGAGGACUUCAAGUACAUCUGGGAGAGUCCAUUAGGAAUUAUUACUGAGAAGACCUGUCAUAUCACAGCUGCCUCAUAAACUUCAUGAAAGAUAUGGACUUAGGGGAGACACCCUGAUCAACAUGUUCAUUGCAAAGUGCUGUCUAAAAUACCCCAGUGCUGCACAAUAAAGCUCUGUAAAGGGUUUAAGUCAUUUAAUUAUCCUGGACCUUUUGCAAUUUUCAAUUACAGUACUUUCUGGGUUACAUGAUACAAUAUUGUAUAGUGGUGUCACAUGGGGGUACCGUUCCCCAAUAGUUCCAAUCCUUUGUACCCAAAACUGAUGCAGGGGGAUUAUUAUUGAGCAAUAUCUACCCAACUGACCCACUUAUUUCGAAUCUACAUCAGGGCUCCCCAACCUUUUUGGUUCUGCAGACUGAUCACUUUAGUGGGGGGGGGAACAAUUUCACAUGCACAUCAUAAAUCCUGUGCAUAUGCUUCACAUGCUCGCCUACGGCUUCAAUGGCCCAGUUCUCAAUGGGGUCCUGGGGUUGUGGACCCCUGAUCUAUAUGAAAAUGUUUGGGGGAGAUCGUGCCAGAGAUCAUUUGAAAUGGGGUGCCAACAUUAUAUUGAUGAUACUGGUUCUAUUCCUCCUUUUUUCUCUUUCCUCCUUUUCAAAUUUGCUAAGUAUGAUAAUAGUCUGAGUGAAAGUUAAAAAAAAAAGACAAAGGUGCAAAUAAGUAUGGAAUUACAAUUAUUGACUAAUGUUUAGUCAGUUUUGGACAAGAUUCUAUUUCUGAAAGAGCAAUUCCACACUCUGGGAAUGCUCCUUAAUCCUCAGCUGUCACUGAAUUCUUAGAUGACAGCUGCAACAAGGAGUAUUUUCACACAAUUAAAGCUAGUAUGCCAACUAUGAAACUUUCAAAGCUACUGAAGAUUUGGUAAAGGUCGUCCAUACCUUAGUUUCAUCCUACACUGGCUAUUGAAACAUGUUGAAUGUAAGGCUAUCCUUGAAAAAAGCCCAAAAAUUCCAAUUGGUGCAAAAUACAGCAGGUAAACUUAAUAACCAGAAAAAACUUGGAUCACAUUAUGCCUUGGAUUGCAUUGGUUCUUAGUUGCUUUCUAAGCAUAGUUUGGGACCUGAUUAUCUGAAGAAUCAUUUUUUUAAUAUUAAAUACCUCUGUCUAAUUGUCAGGAUCUCCCUGAGAAUACCUUUUGAUAAUGUUCCGCAUCUCACUAUAGAGGCUCUAGUGGAAAGGACUUUUUGCAUUCUCUAAAAUAAUGAAAUAUAGUUCCUUAGCUGUAUUUGGACUUCUCUCAGUAUUUAAUUCUCUUUUGCUGGUGUUUAAUACAUGAUUUUAGCUUUCAUUUAUGUUUUUAAUCUUUCACUAUGCUCUUUAUUUAGCCACCUUCAAUGGCUAAAUUAAAUUACAACAAUUGUGUGAGGCAAAUAUAUUGCUAUUUCUUCAAACUAUCAUCUCACUGGAAAAAAAAGAUCAAGUUGUAUCUCAUCAUCACACUCUGCUAAUCUAUAACACCUCAGAAAGGUUGGAACCCAUAUGUGAGUGAUGAGAAGACUAAGCGCUUAGGUAUAUAAAUCUUGAUAUUUCGUUUUCUUCCCCUGACUGGAAUUAGAAGUUUCCACUUCAGUCCUCAUAUUGAAAGUCUUCUUAAAGACAGCUUUUGAUAGUCAUAAAUAGGUUCUUGAGUAUUGCUCUGUGUCCUUGUAUUCAAAUAUACCCUGGGUGUUGACAAGGUCUGCACCAUGCCUUGCUAUUUUAAGUGGCUACUAACCCAUCUUCUAAAUUAAACCCCUUCUUUGCAAUAAAGAUUUAGGCAGAUAAGUCUGUCAACUAUCAAAGAGGGCUCAUUCCAUGUUAUCCAGGUUACUCAUGUUUCCUCUGAAUCAUGUUAAGAAUUUAUAAAAAUCCAGUGUCUAUUCUUUGAGUUAAAUCAAGAACAAGGAUUCUAGACUGAUUAACACAAAUACUGGUUUUGCAAGAACUUUCAAGGUUGUAUCUCUAAAGAGAAAUGAUCCAAAUCCAUAAGUACUGAUCUAAAUACAAGCUAAAUAAGUAUAUGUUAGAAUCUGUAAAGCUUAUAAUUCAGCCUUUAAAACAUGUGGAUGACCAAUAAACUUGAAUUUUAAACUAAAAUAGAAAUUAAAUUUAAAUUGGUUAAAUUAAAUUGAAUUUUUAUUUAAUUUAGCUCAGGUAAGGUUCUUUUUCUGAUUAGAAGUUAUACUUUGAUUUUUAAAGAAAGUCCAUUCUCCAUGGGAUGCAGGAAACAUACAGGUAGUCCUCAGCUUACGAACAACUGAGCCCAAAAUGUAUGUUACUAAGUGAGACAUUCGUUAACUGAUUUUUGCCCCAUUUUACGACCUUUCUUGCCACAGCUGUUAAGUGAAUCAUUGCAGUUGUUAAGUUAGUAACAUGAUUGUUAAGUGAAUCUGGCUUCCCCAUUGACUUUGUCAGGUUGCAAAAAUUGAUCACAUGACUCCAUCAUAAAUAUGAAUCAGCUGCUAAGCAUCUGAAUUUUGAUCACAUGACCAUGAGGAUGCUACACUGGUCGUAAGUGUGAAAAAGUCAUAAGUCACCUUUUUUUCAGUAAUGUUGUAACUUUGAAUGAACAAUAAAUGAACUGCUGUAAGUUGAGGACUACCUAUAUUUGGUGAUAAGUGAUGAAAAUGAUGAUUUUUAAUUUUGGUUUGCCAAAAGUUGUCCUGCUCAAUAUGAAGUUUUGCAAAGUUUCACCACUAAAUUUUAGCAUGCAGUUUAGAGGCUGGGGGGGUGGGGAACGAUUCAAUUUUUUUUUGGAGUGGCAAUAAAAACUAGAUUAAUAACUCUUAAAAGCUAAUUAUUUCUGAUAUUAAUAGAGAAUAAAAGUGAUCAUUGAAAUAAAUACUCCAACUUGGUGUUGUUAGUGCUUUUUCUAAGUUCCAUUUGCAUUCCAAAAAACAGCUAUUUAUAGUAGCAUAUUACAAUGCAGAAUGUUACUGGAUCUCUUCAUAGCCCUGGUAUGCAUAUUGGAUUGCAUUCAAAUUAAGUCAUACUUUAGUCUUUCAGAACUAAUAGGUCUUAGAUUAGUCAUUGCUAGCUUACUCCAUAAACAUUUAUGAAACUAAAGCAAUAUUCAUUAGUAUAGUUGUAAAAAUCCAUCAAUAAAGCCUUCAAAUCAGGAACCAAACACAAAAUCUGGAUCACAGAAAAUUUAAUCUUUUAACACAAAUCUAAUCUCAGCCAAUAUUCUUCCAAACUAUGUAUGAAUACUUAUGAUAACAGUUGUAUCCUACCUCUUGUCUGAGUUUGUGGCAAGUUAUUGAACAUACUUUCUCCAGUAGGAAACACAGUUCAGAAGCUUGAAUAUAUUCCAAAUCAGUAUAGGAUAUUAAUUCAAGGACAAGGAAAAGGAAACCUGGGAUGCUCAAACAAUAUUUCUUUAUACUAUGGAUUGAUUGAACUUUAAUCAAUGUACAUGGCUGCCUAUCUCAAACAAGUGACUCUUGGAGACUAACAACAACAAUAAUGCUAUUUUUGUAACCUCCCACACACACACACACAACAAAUAAAUAGAAAAUUGGCAAGUGAGAUUAAAAAAACAAUAAAAAAGUGAUAAUUAACAUAAAUAAUUAAAAUGACUAAUAAAACUGCACCUAUUUCUAAAAUGCAUACUGGCCCUGUAACUAUGGUGUCAUAGAGUGAACAAAUUACACAAGGGACUCCUUGAGUAUUUAUUCUCAGCCAACCCUGUUUACAUCCAGCAAGAUGUAAUAUGGACUUCAGCUGUGUUGCAUAUUUGAGCUGCAUGGAGAAUGAAAGCAAAUGAGAGGGCAAAAUUCUUUGUUAUUCAAUGAGCUGCAUGAAUGGAAAUGUGCUUCCCCAGUGUUAUCUACAUCUUAUUCUCUUACUUCUUGUAUCUGUUGUACCCAAAUUGCAAAAAUUGAAAAUAAUGAUCUUCUAGAAGGUAGCCAAAAAAGUUUCCCCGAAUCUUUUUGCUGCCAUCUAAUGGUCACCUGGGUUUUUGCAGUCCAGAUCUGAUACAUCUGCUUUCUAGGUUUCAUCUUCUCGCAACUUUGCUCACUAAAGAUGUUGGAAGCUAUCUAAGAGGAAGAUGACUUGGAGUCUUGACUACAGUACAGAAUUCAGUCCUCAACAGUU